CGCAAUAGGGUCGUAACAAUCACACAGACAGGCUCCUGCAGACAGUUUUAUCUUAUUUUUGAGCUCUACUUCUCGAUUGGCAUUAUUUUGAGGAAAGGACAUCUUGUCCGUAGGUGACGGUAAGAUGGGGCAGUUACCGGUCUGGACCUCUUUAUUCACGUCUUCGGAACUGUGGGGAGUGGUAAGGCCUCGUCUGGGAGCAGCUCUCGUUCGAAGGGGAUAGAGGCAGAUGGGGAAGAGACCAGCGACUGUGGUGUGCCCAGAUCCAUGAGAACGCCCCAGAAGUGUCCAGGAUGCGAUCCCUGCGGAAGACGGUGCUGCUGGUGAUCGUGGCCUCUGUGCUGCUCGUGGCUGCGCUCCUCCGCUCCUGGACGCCCCGGGCCUACACCACGGUGGACGUGCGGCAGAGACCAGGGGCCGGAGUGGAGAGGCUGCUGGAGGAGAGGCUGCAGGAGGCGGACAACAGAUAUGUCAGCAUACCCUACCGCCUGAGGGAGAGCGUGGCUGGUCUGCUGGCCCGAAAUGGGUGUGUGUGUGAGGGCGAGGCUGGGGGCGUCCACCUGCCCUUUGCCCAGCUGCUGUUCCCUCGGGUGUCCGCCCACCCACUGCACACAGCCUUUCAGGCCUCUGAGCUGGACGAGCUCAAGAGACGCAGGGCCCAGGAAUACCACAGCUUCCAGAUGAGGUCCCAGACUGCAGCUGAUCUGCUUAUAGUUGCAGAGGCCAACAGUCCCCUGCAGUAUCCUACCCAGGGAGUGGAAGUGCGCCCCCUCAAAACCAUCCUCAUCCCAGGAUUGGCCCUACAAGAACUACCGCGGGAUCUUCACUCAGUGAACUUCACUGCCACCCUGGGAACGUUCAACGUGGCAGCGGAGGUGGAGGGGGUGAAGAUCAAAGGUGACGGGGAGAUGCACAUGACCCUGUCCAGCAGCCUCCUGCCCAACCUGAACCGACAGCUGCAGUUUGUCACCUACACCAACACGCUGUUCCACCCCAGUACCGCAGACACAGUGCAGUUUGAGACAGAGGGACACCAAGCAGUCUUUACCAUCAAGAUCCGCCAUGGCGUCACCCCAAAACUGUACAAUCCCGGACCAAAGGGAGAAUACAACAUCAGUGCACUAGUCACCAUAGCAACCAAAACAUUCCUGCGUUACAACAAGCUACAGGACCUGAUCGACAGCAUACGGCGAUACUACCCCACCGUCACCAUAGUGAUUGCGGACGACAGCGAGCACCCAAAGCCCGUGACGGGCCCCUACAUCGAGCAUUACAUCAUGCCUUUCGGAAAGGGCUGGUUCGCCGGGCGGAAUCUGGCCGUGUCUCAGGUGACCACCAAGUACGUCCUGUGGGUGGACGACGACUUCAUCUUCACGGCCAGCACCAAGCUGGAGAAGCUGGUGGACGUGCUGGAGAGCACCACUCUGGACCUGGUAGGCGGUGCGGUGCGAGAGGCCACAGGCUACACCGCCACCUACAGGCAGACCAUAUCCAUCGAGGCGGGGGAGGAGGAGGGCGACUGCCUGCACAUGAGAAGGGGGUUCCACCACGUCAUCCAGGGCUUCCCCAACUGCGUCAUCACCGACGGGGUCAUCAACUUCUUCCUGGCCCGCACCGACAAGGUCCAGCAAGUGGGCUUUGACCCACGGCUGGCCCGUGUCGCUCACCUGGAGUUUUUCAUCGACGGCCUGGGCGCCCUCCAUGUGGGCUCUUGUGAUGAUGUCAUAGUGAGCCACGCCACCAAGAUCAAGCUGCCCUGGGGCCUGUCGGAGAGUGACAAAACCUAUGCCAAGUUCCGCUACCCGCCAGCCUCCUCCGACGCCACCCACACCAAGAACGGCCUGCUCUACUUCAAGAACCGGUUCCAGUGUUUGACCCACAACUGAGUGCCCCUCACCCUCCCUUCCCUGACCCCUCUCUUAAGACCCCUGCCUGAGUUGCCAAAGAAGCUCCCGCCCUGUAAAACUGUACAGUUGUUCUGGGGGGCAUGAUGGGUUUUUUGUUUUUUUUGAAAGGACACCCCUCCCCCUUAGGUUUCCUUGCUGUGAAGAAACAGUUUGAUCCCCAAAUAAAUGCAAAGAUUUCUGAGCAGUCAAGCGGCGGUUACCAAGCAGAUGGCAUUGGCAGGAGUAGCGUCCUACCUUUGUGCUUGCCUUACAAGCCCUGUGCCGUGGUCUGGCUUGGGAUAUGGAGGAAAGCAUUAGCUCAUUGGAUGAGCCCACCAGCGGGCCUGUCGCUGUCCAGGUAGUUUCCCAGAAGACUGCUGAUGCCAACUUCCAGCAGCAGGUGGCGACACAACCCAGAAGAAAUCUCCUGUAGGGUCCAGACUGGAUCAGGUGACUGUGCCAAAGCUAUCCCCACUGGCUUUUGCUCUGAUAACUUUUUUCCUUCACCCUGAUUUUUUUUAGUAUGGCCUCACAGUUACAGAGGGAGGGGGUGUUUUGGUGAUGUUCCCCAAUAUUCUACCCCUUUCACCCCCACAGAUGAAAUGCAACUCCAAAACAGACUCCGUGGGGCAACACAGUCACCCCUUUAAAGCAGUGGGGUCUCCUUCCUCCCCCGUUGUUGAAGAGGAGAGGGGUGUAGGAGGAGCGCUCACCACGGGAGCUGGCUUGACCAAAGCGCACGCAUGCCGCUUCUGAAAAGUACGUCCAAAGGAACAAGGCGAUGACCAUGGCACGGCGUUAGCCUGAGCUGUCGGCUCUGUGGACCAUGAGACGCACAGGAGACGAGGCCCGCCUGGGCCUACUGCAGUAUCACGUGUUGACUUUGUGACGGUGUAUCCCGUCUUUUUAAGUGUUGUCCUAAUGAAUACAUGCAAGAUACCAUUCCUUUGUAAGUUGUUAACACUGAAGUUGCGUGUGUGCCGCCUCUCAUAUCGGUUACGCAGUAAACAGUUAUACGUGACUGAAGAAUUCUUUUGAUACAGCGACCUUUUUUUGUCAAGUGUGCACACGUGAGUGUGCGUAUGUGUGAUUUUGUGUUCUCAUUUUUGUACUUUGACCACUAGAUGGCCACCUUCCAUCAAAAAAAGUCUUUUUUCUUUUCCCUUCACCCAUCAUUGAAGGCUUCAUAUGUCAUUAAGCUGAAAACCUCAGAGUUGGAAAAUUCCAAUUGUUUUAGUAUUGUUUCACAUCUCAGAAAGUAGGGAGAAUGUGUUGGGAGUUGUUUUCAGAUUUUGUUACAUUAGAGAUUAACAGGCACGUGCACUGACAUUUCCGUUGGGGAGAGACCAAUUGAAACAUCGCAUCAAGAGUAACCAUAAUGAUGUCCUACCCAGACAACCAUGUUUUUCUUUUCUAAUCCCAUGUUCAUUGUUUCAUGGGUUUCUUCAGAUCAUGUGCACCAUCACCAGUGCUCUUUCAUUGUUCACUUGAACCUCUCAUGUCAUUAACAGAGAAAAGAAUAAUGUGUGUUCAGCGACAGCAUUUGCAAUAUGAGAUCUGACAGUGCAAUCAAUAUAUGAAUGAUUCAGAUGAAUAAUGCAAAAGAGCUAAUAGUGCAUUCAGCUUUGUGCUAUAUAGGAGAGACUGUGCUGUAUAGAAGAGAGACAAAUGAGAUCACAGAUUGGUUUAUGUGGCAAGGCAUUUCAAAGUUUUUUUUUGGAUUUGGCUUUUAUGUUUCUGAUAAAAAGGGACCAUAAAUACAUGUUUCAGAUCCAUAAAUCCUUCAUCAGUGGUGCAGGAGAUUCAAACAUGUAAGUGGAGUGAGAGCAAUUUCCUCACUUCCUGUUUGAACUCGAACUGCCAGACCGAAUCUUUGCAUAGCGGUAGUGGUGCAUGUCUUUUGAACCCGGGGAAAGAGGUUAAAAUUGAUUAUGUAAGAAAAAAAGAUUAUAAUUGAUCAAAAAAUGAUGAGUAGAAUUUAUUGAAGAUUUUAAAUUUUGUAUAGCAUGUCAUUUUCAAGAAUUGCAUCCAAGCAUUACCCAUAAUGCAUCAUCCAUAUCCAUUAAAAGAUGUCAUUUUUGUAUGGAUGCUCUUACACUGACCGAGGAACAAAGUGGGUUCCUAUGUGGUUGCAUCAGUAGACCAAGGGUUUGUUGCAGCUGAGGUCCAGCUAGGUCACAGUGUGUCUGGGCUGCAUUGUGUGAAUGCAGCCAUCUGCUUCUAGCACUCGUGUGCUUCACCACCACCAGUUAGGAUGAAGUUGAUAUAUAAGAGAUCGCACAGCUUCCUGUUUACUUCCUAUACAAACAGAGCUUCUGUGAUCUUAAGGUAUUGUCCAAUGGAAGCUAAGGUUUCUGUUCCAUCUUACGGCAGCAUUUUGAAUGACAGGUUUAUUCAAGUGGCACUUUUUUAUACUGUCAGCAGCAUUAUAAGUUUGGUUGCCACAGAAAUGAUUGAAACAUGCGUCAGGGUCAAAAAAGUGACACUUGCUUAAAUUUGUUGCUCAGUGCUAAGAGCAAAGUGCAUGCUGUUUGACUUGAGGCCUUAUCCCAUGAAAAGGAAGCCCGUGGUCAGCUGAUUAAUAACCCUCCGCAUAUAGGGGAGUGUGUCUUCACUUUCCAUAUCCCACUGUAAAUAGUACUACUUCCAGCAUGCGGCUUCUCACCUUAACCCUGCAAAUUUUGGUAAACAGAAUUUCUGUUAGGUGAGUGAACCCCCCACCCCUGUUUACCAAGUGCCUGUGUUUGAAUGUGCAGGCCAGGCUGUCUUAGCGCAUGCGCGUGGCUUUACUCCAUGGGAUCAGCUUGGAGCGGCAUGGCCUUACCGCUGCAUAUCCUCCGCACUUUAUUUUCCCCGUGCCGUGUCAGCGCAGGGGGCGGGGUCGGCAGGAGGCGUGAGGUCUUCCGCUGGUGAGGGGCGGUCAGGGCGACAGGGCAAGGGGGAUGUUUUUCUGUUGAGAGGGCCC